GCGGGGUUGGCUGCUCUGCACGACCGCCGUCAGGCCGUCGUGCGCCUUGGAGACUGGAGUUGGAUCAUUUCAUUUAUUCAUUCAGGAUCAUGGGGUUUGCAGUAGUCGAGGGGGGGGCUGCCCGGAGACUUGUUCUCCGGGUCCGGAUUGGUAUACACGACUACCUACGGAGUACUACUCCGUACAAGUACCGUAACGGUGGGAGCGUUGACAGGGAUGUGAGGGAAGGCAGGGAGUGGAAUUCUUUGUGUCGCCAUUCCGGUGCCAUGGGCAGCAUUCAUUCAUUUCAUUCAUUAUUCUUCUGCCUUCCCGUUGCAAACUAAAAACCUGCGUCAAGUCUCGCCAUGUGUCGGGUGGAUGCGCAAACACGUCUGUCUAGAGUCUGGCAGUCGCCCCGGGAGCUCGACACUCUGGCGAAACACUGCGUCUACUGUCUCGGUUGCCUACGAUUUAAAGGGGACCUUCAGGGUGUCAACUCCUCUUCACCUUAUUCCAAUAACCGCCGCACGCUGUACGCGAUGCUCAAAAAGAAGACCCUACAUCCACCCAUACUGUUCCGACACCAUUCUCCGACCACGACCCCCGAGCUUUCCCCCACGUCUUCCUCGUCGGAUAGCGAGUCGGACGAGGACAUGGACUCUUCCGGUUCGCGCCCGCUGAGUCUGACCGUCCCCCCCGGUGCUUUCUGUCCCAUGCGACCGUCCCUGGACGAGGUGCUAGCGAACACCGCCCCGGCCCCUUACACCCUCAGCGCUUUCAUGGCCUACCUCUCGCAGAACCAUUGCCUGGAGACCCUCGAGUUCACCAUGGAGGCCAAGCGGUACCGCGAGACCUACGACGCCCUGAGCCACCAGCUGAACGAAUUGCCCAUUGCCACGGAAUGCCCCGAAUCCCAGCACCUGCGGAUGCUCUGGCAGCGACUGUUGACCGCGUACGUCUUCCCCGGAUCGCCGCGGGAGAUCAAUGUUUCCAGCGAGGUGCGGGAUGACAUCCUGAGACACGCAAAUCUCACCUACCCCCCGUGCCCGGAGACCCUGGACGCUGCCGUCAAACUCGUCCAUGACCUGAUGGACGAGUCAAUCUUCCUGCCGUUCCUCAAUUCCCAUGCUACCUCCGCCCACGUGUUGCCGCUAUCAGAGCCCUUGUUUCCAGCGGACGAAGACAUCAUGAUUGUGUCGAACCCCGGGUUUGACGAGCACGCCGCCAAUCGGACCCGUUCGAAGGGAAGACGCCCAUCCCCCCAGUCUUCGAAAGAUAUGGGGUCGCCGGUCUCCGCCAGUUCCCCGUCCAGUUACUCCGGCCGCUCGAACUUCUCGUUGAGUGCGAUGACUUCAAUCGGCAAGGUGGGCCAUCGGACUUCCGGCCAAGUCUCCAAUGCCAGUGGGGAUUCUGGGUCUGGCGCCUUGACCGACGACUCGGGCAGUGUGCAAUCGAAUGCGAGCACUGGGGAGCCAAUGACGCCGCCGACUACACCGCCUUCCAGCGACCCCCAUUGCAUGCACCUGGCCCACAGCCCGAAGCGCACCGACAACCCCUGGAAGAAGAUGGGAAUGAAGCUGGGUUUCAAAAAGCGCUCGGGCAACCACGGCUCGAUGAACCAGCACUACAAGCUGCCUGGUAUGGAUGAUUGA